CCUACAUGCACCGCAGCCCUUGAAGGCGCCAGGACCUGUGACCCUCUCAUGCUCCCAAGUAUGAUCAAGUAGGCUACAUGAGUGCGGGCCUCCGUGGGGGUGCUGGAAGAGGCAUACACGAGUACCCGUGGUUCUACAAGGCUCCUGCUGAGGUGCCAACCCCGGGCGCUUCUGCACGACCUUCGGAGGAGUAGGAAAGGGGUCCGAGUUUUUCUUUACAUAGGGACUGCAGUUUCCCCCCACUCGUGGGGACGAGGGACAGCACCAUUUCAGAACGCGCUUCCCUCUGCUGCCCCGGCAGGUGGAAGGGAGCCCACGGGGGCCUCUAAGUAGAAAUCCAGUCUAGGCGGCUCUGGGCUGGGACCGCCCGUCCGAGUCUCUGGGAGGGAUUCCAAAGAGACCGCCAAGAAGCCCAGGGCUUGGGAGUUCCCCACUUCUUGGAGCCGGGCUGGGCGCGGGUAACCGUCUCGGAGCCCAGCACACCUUGGUUGGGGCGAAGCGGGCAGCUCCUAGCCCCGCACCCCAGGAGGCGCGCUCCAAGGGAAGAGGCGCGACCGCCACCUCUGCCUCGGCGUGGAACAAACGGUUAAAGAUUUUGGGCAGUGCCUCGCGGGGGGAGGAGCCAGGGGCCCAACCCGCAAUUAAAGAUGAACUUUGGGUGAACUAAUUUGUCUGACCAAGGUAACGUGGGCAGCAACCUGGGCCGUCUAUAAAACGGGCAGGCUGCAGGGUUUGCAACGCUGGCGACAGCGGCAGGUGGCGCGGGCGGCCGCAGCGCACCAUGGGGCUCCCGGCACUGCUGGCCAGUGCGCUCUGCACCUUCGUGCUCCCGCUGCUGCUCUUCGUGGCCACCAUCAAGCUCUGGGACCUGUACUGCGUGAGCAGCCGCGACCGCAGCUGCGCCCUCCCUUUGCCCCCGGGGACUAUGGGUUUCCCCUUUUUUGGAGAAACCCUGCAGAUGGUGCUGCAGGUAAGGGAGCUGGGAACGCGACAGACUCGGUUCCCGGCUUCCACUGAAACCCGGGUAGGCGCCCCCGGGAGGGAGGUGACGACGGCGAGGAUCGGGGCUAAGACGGAGGCGCACAGCUCCCCGGCGCCCCCUCACGCCCGCCUCUCCCUUCCCGCUUUCCUCUCUCAGCGAAGGAAGUUCCUGCAGAUGAAGCGUAAGAAAUACGGGUUCAUCUACAAGACGCAUCUGUUCGGGCGGCCCACGGUGCGGGUGAUGGGCGCCGACAACGUGCGGCGCAUCUUGCUCGGGGAGCACCGGCUGGUGUCUGUGCACUGGCCCGCAUCCGUGCGCACCAUCCUGGGCUCGGGCUGUCUUUCCAGCCUGCACGACUCCUCGCACAAGCAGCGCAAAAAGGUGAUUAUGCGGGCCUUCAGCCGCGAGGCGCUCGAGUGCUACGUGCCUGUGAUUGCGGAGGAAGUGGGCAAUUGCUUGGAGCAGUGGCUGAGCUGCGGCGAGCGCGGCCUCCUGGUCUACCCCCAGGUGAAGCGCCUGAUGUUCCGCAUCGCCAUGCGCAUCUUGCUGGGCUGCGAGCCCGGCUUGGCGAGCGGCGGGGAUGCCGAGCAGCAGCUGGUGGAGGCCUUCGAGGAAAUGAUCCGCAAUCUCUUCUCGUUGCCCAUCGACGUCCCGUUCAGCGGGCUGUAUCGGGGCGUAAAGGCGCGGAACCUCAUCCACGCGCGCAUCGAGGAGAACAUUCGCGCCAAGAUCUGCGGGCUCCGGGCGGCGGAGGCGGGCGGGGCCCGCAAAGACGUGCUGCAGCUGUUGAUCGAGCACUCGUGGGAGAGGGGCGAGAGGCUGGACAUGCAGGCGCUAAAGCAAACUUCCACGGAACUUCUCUUCGGAGGACAUGACACCACAGCCAGCGCAGCGACCUCUCUGAUCACUUACCUGGGACUCUACCCUGAGGUCCUCCAGAAAGUGCGCGAGGAGCUAAAGAGUAAGGGUUUACUUUGUAAGAGCAAUCAAGGCAACAAGUUGGAUAUGGAAAUCUUGGAACAGCUUAAAUACAUCGGGUGUGUUAUUAAAGAGACCCUCCGGCUGAACCCCCCUGUUCCAGGAGGGUUUCGGGUUGCUCUUAAGACAUUUGAAUUAAAUGGAUACCAGAUCCCCAAGGGCUGGAAUGUUAUCUACAGCAUCUGUGAUACGCAUGAGGUGGCAGAGAUCUUCACCAACAAGGAGGACUUUAACCCCGACCGAUUCCUGCAGCCCCACCCCGAGGCCGCCUCCAGGUUCAGCUUUAUUCCAUUUGGAGGAGGCCUGAGGAGCUGUGUAGGGAAAGAGUUUGCAAAAAUUCUUCUCAAAAUCUUUACUGUGGAGCUGGCGCGGCAUUGCGACUGGCAGCUCCUGAACGGACCCCCUACCAUGAAAACCAGCCCCACCAUGUGCCCUGUGGACGAUCUACCUGCAAGCUUCACCCCUUUCCUGGGGGAAAUCUGAGGGUGAGAAGGCUGCACCAACCUUGGACUCAUUUGAAAUGUUUCUGGCAUUUCUACAUAAUGCCACAUUUGAUUUUAUUAUAUUUAAUUUCUAAAUGUAUAUUAUAUAUUUAUGUGACUCUUGUAAGUCCCACAGUCUUUAAAUAUAAUAAUAAAAAUAAAUUUGUAUUGUUU